AUGACCACAAUUCCCUUAGUAUUGGUUAUUGGUAAGAUGAAGUGGGACUCGGACUCAAACAUUAAGAUAUUCCUGAUGAGCAGCUCUUCAGAUUCAAGACGAGGUCCUAAAAGGCCCAGGUCGGCAUCCACACCACCUACAUCUGUGGCACCCAGUAGUUCCCCUCUCAAAUGUAGCUCUCCUAUGGCAUCACACACAAAAACUGCUACCAAUGGUCCUGCCCUUCAAAUUCAUGAGUUUAGCAUGACAGUGCCAAGGAAGACCUUGGGUAACAGUGGUCGCUGGAAGCGCACCAUUCCAUAUAGCUUAUUUCAAGGUGACAUCAAUGAUGAGGACUCAGUCCCACCUACAAAAAAAUUCAAGACCCUCCAAACUAUGUGGAACCAAACCUCUGUGCUGUCGCCAGAUGUUGCAAUCUUGGUCAAUGAACGCAUGCUCGAACUUUCAUGUAUCACUUGCUGGUCUAUCACCGCAAGAAUGUGGUAUCAAUGUCUUUGCUCCCAUGAACUAGAUCUCAUGAAGUCCAUCCUAGGGGAUGAACAGGACUUGGCCCAGGCACAUUUGAAGGUGGUUGAUGUGCAGAUUGGUUCUAUCCACAACACCCUACAGGAUGCAGGAGUUGGGGUGAUAGGCAAGAAUGGUUGUAGAUUUGACCCUGGCGAUAAUGGGCCUUGGUGUGAAAGUUCCUCCAAUGACUUGGACUCAGAUAAGCCCAGGCAAGCUCCAUCUCAGGCUGAAUCUCAUUGUGAUUCAGGGAGUGCACAUAGCCUGGCCACUGUCUGCUGUUACUACCAUUUCUGGCAAUUGCCUCUUGGCGGUUUUUCACAAGGUCCAAAGCUACUACAAGGGUUUGAAGAAGUAACUAGUUGUGCAAUGUCGUUGAAGUUCUGGCCGGGUAGGCCAUGUCUUCCCAUCAUCAUUCUGCCCCUACUACUAGUAGUACCAUUAACUGUUCACAUCAUAGAGUUUCAGAUACCCCCAAGGCCCCAGAUAUUUUCUACUAGACGAGUCACUGAAGAUGAUUUGGAGAUCCAGGGGAGAUCAUGA